AUGCAAUUAAAUAAUUAUUUUGAAGGUGUAAGAUGUGAACGUGGAUGUAUAUUCCUUAUACUUGAAAUAGCUCGUAAUUUAUUGAAUCGCUUAUGGCAAUCAUUUCUGGAAUUAAAUCUUUUUAAAAAGUCUUCAAGUAACGAACAGACUCUACGAAAAGAACGUCUUGCUACUCGUAUCUACUUGGGCGCAUUUGUUGUAUGUCUCAUCGCAAUUAUUACUGCUGCUGCACUUGUUAUUCGGACUGCUGAAAAAACUGAACAUAAACCUUCUUACACGAGAUUUUCUCAAUUAAAACAUGCUUAUUCAAAAACUCUUCAUUGUUCAUGUUCAAAAUUGGGUAUUAAUUAUGGUACAUUCGUCACUACUCAAGUUAUUUUUCAUCAAGUUUGUUCGAGUCAAUUUAUUCAACAAACAUGGAUUGAUAUGUUAUUUACAAAUAAAAACAUUUCGAUAGAGUCUAUAAAUGAUUUUCGUGUCAUUCUAAGUUUCUUUUGGCAAACUAUCGCAGGUUUAUGUACCGCAAGUAACAAAACUUGGAUUGAUGUUGUCGCAAGUUUUGAAACAACACGUAUUCUCACGCCAACAGUACCUGCCGAAGAAAUUGUUCGACGACAAGCUGAGGCAGCUCUCAAAAAUCAGAUUGCUCUAUCUAAAGCAACGCUUAAUCGUAAUUUAUUAGCUAUUAGACGUAUAAUUAAUGGUAAUCAAAUUGUAUCAGCAUUACAAACGAAUUUUUACUUAUAUUAUUCGUCAACAGAUAUGAACUCAGAGAUAACUUCGGAAAUGAAAUCUCGAAUGUUCGGUAAUUGUUCUUGUUUACGAAUCGAAGGUUGCCCACAUCCAGCCAUUGUCAACAAUAGCAAUGGUCAUCUGGUACCUAUACCAGGAAUGGUAAUGGAUUGUUUAAUUAUAGAUGCUACACUUGCUUCAACACUCGAAUGUUAUUACAAUCAGUCAUGUCUUGUUCUCUCACAUAGAUCAUUACCCAUAGAUAUACAAUUAUUGUCGAACAGUUCUAACAAAUAUUUUUCUGUAUAUUCGACAAUACAAACACUUGUGAAUGAACUAAUGAUUGAUGAAACAACAUGUGAUAUUCGCUUUGAAUUAUAUUAUUCUCAAUGUAAUCCAACUUAUUGUUCAUAUUCAUACAAACGUCGUUUUGAUAUUCUUUUUAUAUUUACUACUAUUAUUGGUAUUUUUGGCAUAUUAUCAUUUACCAUAAAGCUUAUUGCACCUCUUAUUGUGGUAGUGAUGUUACGUUUCAAAAAACGAGUUUUACCAAUUGAAGACGUGCCACAUGUUAGGUCGCCUCAACAAAAUCGAUAUCAUGUUGGACUUUUACUUCGUAAACUUCGGCACAUAAUUGUUACUUGCAAUUGUUUUGAAAGAGAAACACCACGUACAUCUAUCAACAUUUACCGAGAACAACUUUUAACACGAUUUUUUAUUUUUCUCAUGCUUAGUUUAUCAGCUAGCGCUGGUCUAUAUACAUUUCUUGUUGAACAAAAUCAUGCAAUUACAAUUGUCGAUCCACCUCUUGCUACUUAUGAACAAUUGCAUAAUGAUCAUCCAAUUACAUUACAUUGUCCGUGUUCAAAAAUAUCUAUUCCUCAUCGAGCUUUUCUCAAUGUGACAUUUGUAUUACAUCAAGUCUGUUCAAGUGAUUUAGUUUCGUCAGAAUGGUUAAAUUAUUUGAUAUCUUUUGACCCAUAUCAUGUAUCAAUCGACAGAAAAGAUAUGUUUGCCCUCGAUUUUCGUGCAAUGGGUGCUUCUUAUUUUCAACUUUUAGCUAUUUUUUGUUCAUUAGUUCAAAUUAAUAUUGCAGAUGCUCAACGUCUAUUCUCUAGUACAGAAUUUAUUAAUGAUCGUGUUCUUGUUCCAUCAUUAUUUAUUAAACAAACCCAAACGAUGAUAGAUUCAUUCAUUCGUAUAACGCGCAAGGAGUUUAUACGUACAUUCCAUUGGAUUAGUGUUGCUUUUAUUACUAAUCAUUUUUUCAAUGGAGCGGGUAUGAAUUUUGAUAUGACUAUAGACGAUAAUGAUACCGUGGGUGCUAGUUUUGCUUCUCAUCUUGUAUUGGAUAUAGAUUCAAACGGAUAUUUUCUUGUUAAAACAGAGUGUUCAUGCGGAGAUAAUCCUUUGUUCUGCAACAGAGUCCCCCAAAUUAUUAUAAAUGAAUCAUACGUGGAAAAUGUUAACAUUUUCUUAUUCUAUAAACAAUUAUAUUUUGGGUGUCUACCUUUAACGGGAUUUCUCCAAUCAAAGAUCGCAUGGUGGUACAAUCUAACAUUUAUCGAACAUAUCAUUGCAACUUAUUCCAUGAUCAGUCAUGAUCAAUCUUCACCAAAUAUCAAACAACUCAAUGCAUCUGUUCCCACUUAUUUUGAAGAUAUAACGAUGAAUAAAUUGCUUAAUGAAAUGUUAUUGGAAAUGUCAACUAAUAAUAAUACACAUUUUGAUAAAUUCUAUGAUGAGUGUGCACCAAUUUUUUGCUCGUAUACAAUUAAUCGACGUCGUGAUUUUAUCGUGGUAUUAUUUCUUCUUAUUUCUAUUUGUGGUGGACUAAAUACAGGACUUCAAUUACUUGUACCAUUUAUCGGCAAACUCUUCUUUUUUUAUGUUGAUUGGUGGAAAAAUCGAAAUGUUCGGCACGCUAUUGUCGAACGUCAUGUUAGUAAAACACUUAUGUCACCUUCGAUUGACGAUUAUGAACAACUACUGAAUAUAUAUUCAAAUGAUGUCAGCUGUCCUUGCUCUCAUAUAUCAAUUCCUUAUCAACAAUUUAUUACUGAAUUACGAGUGAAUUCAUUUCACAUGGCAUGUGAAUCUAAUCUGAUUCAUGAUAUGUUAACAACAGGGCAAUUAUUCUAUGGUAGUGCACCUGUAAAUGGUAACAACGAAUAUUUAUCGUGGAUGAAACCCAUAAUCGAAUCUCUCAAAGGGCUUUGUUCAUUGGCAAAAGACAGUGUUGAGAAUAGUAUUGACAUAUUUCUUGAUUCUACUAUACUCGCCAAUCAAUUGACACCUCGUAAUCAAUUUAUUAAUGAAAUGAAUUCGACAUUAAAUCAGUUUAAAAAAAGAACACCAAUUUUAUUCGCACAAAUAUUGGACCUUUUUCGUUCAUCUAUACAAGGAAACGCUCUAUUACCUAUGUUUUCAUCAGCUUGGAACUUAAUUGUAGUUGAAAAAGACAAAGGAAAAAUGCUUCUUUUCUCACUGUGCCUGUUACCAUGA